AUGGUUGUUGUUCAUAAUUACUGUGUAUCUAUCGAUUUGUUCCAUGUUUUUUUAAAUAGAUUUGUCAAUAUGAAUUAUGGUAAUCCAAAAAACUCUGCUGCAAUUUUAGAAAAAAGUUUGACUAAACUACGUGGUGAUGUUAAUAUAGCAUCUUUUGCUUAUUUAUUUGUGGAGUUAGUUAAAUAUUCAAUGCGUAAUGUAUCCAGUAUGGAUCUUGUUCAGAAAAGAUUAUCAGAUUUUGGUAAAUUUGUUGGUGAACGUAUGAUUGAUGUUGUUUAUCUACGUGAUAAAUCAACUAAACGUGAUAUACGUUUAUAUAAUGCAUUAAUUUUUUUAAAAUCAAAUUUUUGGAAAAAUUUAUUCAAUAAAGAAGCUGAUGAAUUAGAACGUGAUGGAAUUGAUGAAAAUAUUUUUUAUAUGAUUGAACAUGAACCAAUUGUGAAUCGAUUUACUCGAUUUACUUAUGAAGAAAAAGAUGAAAAACGUAAAACAUCUGCUCCAUUGAAUAUUGCAGCGUUUAAUGCUGGAAUUGUUGAAGCAUUCUUAUCAACUAUUGGUUUUGUAAGUUAUUUAUAUUGUAAACUAUUUUGUUUUUGUUUUCUAGAAUUUAAUAUUUAUUUGAACACAUAAAUAUUGGUACAAUGAGGCACCAAAUACAUAUGCGCCACAUAAAUCAUUUGAUUUAUGCAAAGGCUAUGAUACUGCCCGGGUGCCCUAACCGAAGCAGGUGGUUUUCUUAAGGGCUUACACACGGAGCCUUCGACCUAAAGGUCUAAUCCACAAGGCAGUGGAGCAUCGUGAGGAGAUACAGUCCCAUGUUAACAGGAUACUGGAACCCAUGUGUACCAUUGGUUUGGAAUAAGGGUUUUCCAACUCCCCUAUGUGGACUCUCCAUAUCCAACAACCCAGUUAAAGCGCCGGACAUUCGCUUUUCGUCCUCUCAUUUUCGUAAACAACACCGGCUCCACGAGAAGGCAGUGAGUAGGACUUCCCUGGCAGAGGCUAUAUACGCGUGGCCAUGUGAGAGCAUUUGGAGGCUUUCUAGAUUUAAUGAUUAUUUAGAUAUAGAAGGUAGCUUGUAUUAUAGUGAACAAGAACACAUAAGUGGGAACAAUCGAUUGUGCUUCAACACAAAAUUACAGAAUAUCUUGCUAAAAUCUGAAAACUUUAUAGUUAACAACUCACUGACCGAGAUCGGCUACCCCGGUGCGUUCAUUAAGAAGUACGUGUAUAUUAUUAAAAAAGAAGUUGGAGAUUUCUACUGUUCGAAAAAAGUCUUUGUACAUGAAACUACAAUUCAAAGAUAGGUUAACGAAAGUAAUUAGCAGGACAUUCUACGCAGUCAAUCUUGCAUUGAACUUCUCGAGUCGACCAACGAAG